ACAACUUCACAGAAUUUCGGAGCAGUUCGACUUCCUUAAAUGACUGAUCUGACAUCGAGUGAACCUAAUCCUACAGACAUAUGUUGAGCGUCUCUCGUAAGCACAAGUACCCUGUGUCUGCGGCCGACAGAAAGGCUGCCACUCAGUUAUAUCUCGUCCUCUGACAUAGUGCUUGCCGUAAGCAACGACCACUUGAGAGGCGAAUAUCUAAUGAACGGAUUAUCUCAGGAGACUCUUUUCCCAGGCAACAGAAGGCAGUUGCAGCAGGCGGACAAACAGAUGCACAGUCAGAUGCAUACACAAACAGACAGAACGAUCAGAUAUAGACACAACCUUAUAGGCGAAGCUCGCAACAUGUCCGACUCAGAUGUCGGACCUACCACGCCAUCGCCAACAACUCCGGCAGGCGGAUCCGCUACCUCCCCUCUCUACAGCGGGCCCCAGCGACAGUCGGAUGAGCCCGUCAUGCAGACAAAUGAUGAUGCUACGGCUUGUAAACGGGCCGCGGUUGAACGCGGCUACUGGAAUGAUUCGUACGUGCAACAUUUUAUCAAGCACGGGGACCGCAAACCGCCCGAGAUCAACCGAGGAUAUUUUGCACGUGUACAGGCAAUCAAGAUGUUAGUGGAUAAAUUUCUCGAGAUAUCUAGCAGCCAGGCGCAAAUUGUCAAUCUUGGAGCAGGAUUUGACACUUUAUUCUGGCGACUGCAAGAGGAAAAUCGGCCGCUUAAAGCCUUUGUCGAGGUGGACUUCCCUCCGGUUACAAUGAGAAAAGUACACUAUAUUCGCUUAAGAAAAACCCUCCUCGAAAAGAUAGCUAGCGGCGAAGAUGAUGAUAUUCGACUAUCGAAGUGUGACAUCCACUCAUCGCGGUACCACCUUGUAGGGGUCGACAUGAAGGAUCUGCAAACGCUUGCUACUAAAUUUUCCCAAGAUUGUCGACUUGAUCCUCAGCUGCCAACGCUGUUUAUUGCGGAAUGUGUACUUGUAUAUAUGGCACCGACCGACUGCGAAGCUCUGCUGAACUACAUCUCUAGUACAUUUAAAAAAGCAGUUCUACUCAAUUAUGACCCAGUAAACAUGAACGACAAGUUUGCCGAGGUUAUGCUUGAAAAUCUCAAGCACAGGGACUGUCAUUUCCUGGGACUAGAGGCAGCGCAGGAUCUCAUUAGCCAAGAAGCACGGCUGUUGCGGUGCGGUUUCCCCCAUGUCCGAUCGUGGUUGAUGCUUCAAGUGUACCAGGCUCUUCCAAGCGCCGAGCUUAAAAGGAUCGAAGCGCUCGAGCUGAUGGACGAGCACGAACUCCUACAGCAGCUACUUAAUCACUACUGCAUUUCUGUUGCCGAUAACUGUGCGCCGGCAUUAGGUUUCGGGGAAAUUCGACUUCAUCCCGUAUCUACGGUAUCUGUAUGAGAGGUGGAUGGUAAAAAUAAUAAUUAGAGCGCCCUCUUUAACGCAACUGCCAUUGCUCUGUCUAGCAGUUGUCGUGGUUGUGAGAAAAAAAGUGGCGAUUAGGCAAAACAAUAUUAUUUCUUUACACAUAAGUUUUUAUGACAAAACGAAAGACGUGACAGCAAAACAAAACCUACACGGGCGAGAGCAAGCGACUUUACAUGGAAGAAAAGUUUUGUGAAUGGGGAUUAUCUCACUGUUGACUGAAGAGACUGUAUCAUGAACCAACAAAGCGGUCUGAGUAAUGACAUAUACAUACAUUGAAUGAUAGACAUAGAAAGCGUAUGGGUGGUUCGAUAAGUUUUGAAUGCUUGCGCGUGUGAAAAACUCUCGAUAAUAGGAUUCGGAUGGUAUUGAGGAAGUACACAAAAAUAAAAUCGUCCGAUGCGUGUUUGGUCUAUGUUAAGUCAUAGUCAGGUUUUCUUAAUUUUGACGUGCCUGGAAGCGCAAUUGUAACACAUAUUUUUGAAGACGAUGAAAAAUAAAAUCCAAAUACGAGCCUAAGUGAAAAUAGGACAUUAGGCCGUUAUUUAUCGGGGUAUGAAUGAUUACAGCGUAGAGCGUGGUAGCUGCGUAAGGGCUUACAGAAAGAUGGGAAGUGCAGCAGAAAUAAUGAGAUCAAAUCUAUCGAGCAGACGUAUUGAGAGGUCAUCUCGACGUCUGAUUUGUUUGUCGCAUUUUGAGAAUAUUGUAGCCCGCCUAAAAAGGUGUAAUACAGCCAUAAAAUAUACUCCGAUCGGACGAAGAAGUGUUCAGGGGGUGUUCUCCAGGACGUGUAUUUGCUAGGACUUCGUCAGAAUUUGCAGAAGAUUAAACCAUGCUCGCCCAUAUCAUUAUGUGUGUGAUAUAUACGCAACGGAUUAGAAACGUAAAAGAAAACCUUGUGUGUGACGAAGUUUUCUUCAGUUGGUCCAUUUUUUCGUUGAGCUUAUCACGCGCCAACUUACCCAGGGCUAAUUCUGGUAAUAAUAAUACAAAAGUACUAUAGCUGUUUUUCGCAGAACCGCUAUCGUAGAAAUGCGGUGGAACAUAGAGCUGAUUCAUCUGAAUGGAUACGCAAGUGGGAAAGCAGUGUAGUAAUAAGAACAAAUAAAACGCCGGCCCGUGACACUGCAAAGGAAAUUGAUGUACCAUACAAAUUGUAAUUUAAGGAUGAAAUACGUCUACAUGAUUACACAAGGACAUUCUCAUACAAACUAGACGCAACAUACACUUAACGCAGUUACUGUUACAGCAAUAGCAAAUACUGCUGUUUCAUGUCUGUUAGCGAACGAGAUAUUCUUCCUGCUUUGAAAACGCUGCAUUCCUAAAUGCCGUGGUAGAAUGGGAAUGAUGGAACGGCAACAUAUUAAUAGUAAUCAUAAUGGUAAUAGCUCGAGAACUGAUAAUGAUAGCACGUGACUAAUGAGGAUAAUCUUAAUGAAAAGGCAGAUCAAAUGUGAUUUGUGAGAUGCGGACGUUAAGUUAUACGUGUAAGAAACUGCUUCUUUAGAAAGCUGGAAAACUGCGAAAACAUUGUACUGACUUGUAUCGAAAAGCUCGUUCAGAAUUUUGUGGAAGGAUAAAGUUUAAUUUUUAGCUAGGUUUAUAACUCUGAAUAGCGGCAAAAUAAUACAUGCUAGAGCUGCUUUCUGAGCUAAGCUUUAAUUUGGCGGGUCAGCUAUAAAUUAGGCAGUUUAAAUUAUACGUUUAUGUGCGGCCCUGAUGAUUGAGGUCAAAAAGAGCAAUUUUUGUGAAAUAAAGGUUGUCAAAUAGUUGCCAUCAUUGCAUGGUUUCAUUCCUUUUCGAAGCCAGACAAAAUUCUGCUGCAUAUGAGCAAAGACAAAAUAAAUUGGCUAUAGGUACAUAAGACAAUAAUUAAAAAGUUCGCAAAUGAAUAACUAAGAAACAGAAAAAGCUGUCUGCAUUAAGCAGAGGUCAGUACGAUCAAAUGCAUUCUG